CCGGAGAAGCGGAAUUCUUGUGCCCCGAUGGGCUCUGCUGCGCGGGCUCCCCGGGAGCUCGCCUAGGCGAUCUCUGAGGCCGGCCCCCCCAACCCCCGGCGGGGUGACGCGCGCUCCCCACCACCCGCGGGACGGCGCGCGGGCGCGGGGCUCGCCCCCGAGAGGGCAUGUGGGGGCGGGGACCCGGAGCUCGUGUUGCGCUGGCCGGAGGGGCCUGGGCCGCAAGGUGGACGCCGUGACUGCAGCGGCCGAGGCCAGAGGACCUGCCGCGGCUCGGUCCCGGAGAAGGAGGGCCCCGCUGCCGUCGCCACCCGGCCGGUGCCCGGUGAAACCAGCUCAGAGAAUUGGUGGGAUUUGCCCCAGGUCUCCCAUCCAGCAAGCCAGCGCCAAGGACCUGGGUGUUGGCACCUGAGGAUGGUGGUUGUCGCUUUCUUGUAUGAAGGCCAGAAGCCAGGGAGCCCUCAGUGACCGCGGAUCCUCUGGACAGCUUCACAGCCCUGUCCCCGCCCAGCUGAGGCAGCGCCAGCACCAGCUCAAGCACAAGGACAGACACCCUGGACUGCCAGGUUCCUUGUCUGGGAGGAGGAGGGGAAAUCCAACAACUGGGGCCUGAGUGUGGUCUGGGGGACCGGCCGUUGGUCCCGGAAUGCCCCUGCCUGAGCCCAGCGAGCAGGAGAGCGCGAGUAUGAAGACUGGCCAGGAGCCGUCCGCUGAGACUGGCACAGAUGUCGCCCCCGCAGCCCCCACGGACUCCACAGACCCCAACGAAUACUUCAAUCUGGUCCUGGUCCUGGUAACGGUCUGCACCGGGGACGGGGAUGGCGUGGACUCCCUGCCCAAAGAAGUGCACUGUGCCAUGUCCCUGGAGAUGCCUGGCCCCGACACCCUGGGCAGAACCCUCCAGACCCUGCCAGCAGAGGAGCAGGGAGGGCCAGUCCAGCCAAGCCCCCAGGCCCUUGAGCAGAAAUGCAGCCAGCCAGACACAGCAGCCCCCAAGCCCCUGGAGUUCCUGAGGACCCCGUUCGGGGGCCGCCUCCUGGUGCUGGAGUCCUUCCUGUACAAGCAGGAGAAGGCAGUGGGGGACAAAGUGUACUGGAAGUGCCGAGAGCACACCGAGCUGGGCUGCCGUGGCCGGGCCAUCACCCGAGGCCCGCGGGCCACCGUGAUGCGGGGCCACUGUCACCCCCCUGACGAGGAGGGCCUGGAGGUCCGGCGCCGGAAACAGAAGCUGCUGCGCAGCCCAGCCCCGCCGGAGGGCUUGGGGAGUCCCCAGGUUCCCCGGAGGCCAGGUGGAGGAGCCACUCAAGGGGGUGAGCCCAAGCUGUGCCCUGAGGAUCCGGACCCGCCCCCAAAAGCUGAACUUUCCGGAGAACGCCCGCCCUUCGAGUUCUUGAAGACCUGUUAUGGGGGCAGCUUCCUGGUGCACAAGUCAUUCCUGUACAAGCGAGAGAAGGCUGUGGGAGACAAGGUGUACUGGACGUGCCGAGACCACGUCCUUCAUGGCUGCCGCAGCCGGGCCAUCACCCAGGGCCAGCGAGUGACCGUGAUGCGCGGCCACUGCCAUCCGCCCGACAUGGAGGGCCUGCAGGCCCGGCGGCAGCAGGAGAAGACCAUGGAGACGCAGAAGGCCAGGCCAGGCGGCCCUGGGGGCCAAGUGAACAAGCUGCUCCAAGGUGUGGACAGCCUGCUGUACCACAGGGGGCCUGGCACCCUGACCCUCACCAGGCCCCGGCCCAGAAAGCACACGAAGCCGCAGGCCCUGCAGGAAUCUCCCACCAGGGACCAGGAAAAGGGCCUGGGAGGCCCUGAGUUCUUGAGGACCCCUUUGGGGGGCAGCUUCCUGGUGCACGAGUCCUUCCUCUACAGGCGGGAGAAGGCCGCUGGCAACAAGGUGUACUGGACGUGCCGGGACCAGGCCCGCAUGCGCUGCCGCAGCCGGGCCAUCACCCAGGGCCAGCAGGUGACCGUGAUGCGAGGCCACUGCCACCCUCCUGAUCUGAUGGGCCUGGAGACCCUGAGGCAGCGGGAGAAACGCCCUGGUGUCGGCCAGAGGGGGAGUUCAGGAGACCCUGAGUUCCUGAGGACCCCUCUGGGCGGCAGCUUCCUGGUGCACGAGUCCUUCAUCUACAGGCGGGAGAAGGCCACUGGCGACAAGGUGUACUGGACGUGCCGGGACCAGGCCCGCAUGGGCUGCCGCAGCCGGGCCAUCACCCAGGGCCAGCGGGUGAUGGUAAUGCGCAGGCACUGCCACCCGCCGGACCUGGGGGGCCUGGAGGCCCUGAAGCAGCGCGAGCCGUUCCCCACCCAAGUCCUGAGGGAAGGUUCAGGACCCCCCCAGCCGCUGGAGUUCCUGAAGACUUCCCUCGGGGGCAGGUUCCUGGUGCACGAGUGCUUCCUCUACAGGAAGGAGAAGGCUGCUGGUGAGAAGGUGUACUGGAUGUGCCGGGACCAGGCCCGGCUGGGCUGCCGCAGCCGGGCCAUUACCCAGGGCCAGCAGGUGACGGUGAUGCGCGCCCACUGCCACAUGCCGGAUCUGGUUGGCCUGGAGGCCCUGAGGCGGCGUGAGCGGCUUCCCAUUGCAGCCCAGCAGGAGGAUCCAGAAAAGAUAAAACUGCUGACUAAAGUUCAACUGUGCUUCAAGAGUUAUUCUCCUGAAAGCCAGCAGAUUAAUGGCGAGUCUCAGUGAGGCCCGUCUCCGUUCCCACUGGUGUCGCCGGCAUCAAGGAUACUUCAUGUCCAUACAGGACCCUGGCAUUUCCCACCAAACUAGCUGCUGCUGGACAAAAGCUCUUUCUCACUCUUUCGAAGCAUCAACAGCUGUCACACUCCUCAGGAGGCCUCCAGGAGGAAUACCUGAUGGUGUCUUCACGCAGGCGAAGAGGAGUGCGAGGAGCUGGCAGCUUGAAGGUGUGCGUGAUGUGGGGAAGGCCUGACCUCCGAAAGAUCUGAAGAAGCAUCUUUUUACAAAGUCUUCCCUGUUCUGCCGCCCCAAGCCACAAACACCUAUCUGUUUCCAGAGCACGAGGCUUGCCAAGGACUUUCCCGCUGGGUGUGGCCCUGCUCUGGCCAGGGCACGUGUGGGGAACUUGUCGAUUUCUGGAGCUCAGCUGACCUGCCCUGCCGAGCUCCGGCCACUCAGGUGUUUUCUGGGCAGGUGCCACGUGGGCCCCUGUGCCCCUUGGCCACCUGCUGCUGGGACACAGCCAUCCCUCAGUUACAGAGCCGGCCAACCAGAGGCGCCACUACACACUGUCAGACUUUCUCCCUCACUGUUUUCCCAUUUAAACCCAAUGUCCAUGAUCCCAUGGCAGGAGUUGUUUCUGGCCAUGGGAGCCAGCACGGAUGUCCACAGGCAGUCAGCAUGGAGCAGACUCCACCUGGCUGAGGCCGCAGUGUCCUGGGUCAGCCACGUUCCUCUGAGGCAGGAGGAGAGGCAGACCUGGGUGGCGGCAGGCGAGCAUCUCUUUCUCCAGCCUGGUCACAGCAGAGAGCUGGCCUCGCAGGUCCAGGGGAGGCAGGGGCUGCUGCUUGCUCAUGAGGACUUGUCUUUGACAGCAAGGCUCCUGGCCCUCAUCCUGUAAUUGCAGAGGGAGCACAGACGGCAGGCUCUCUCUCCUGGCAAGCUGGCCAUGGAGCCUACCGUCCUUCUAUGGGACGGUGACAUCUCAGCGUCCCCCACCGUCCCUCUGCUUGUUCAUGUCCCGCAAUAAACCUUAUUUAAUAACUCACCAUGCAGAGCUGGUGUGUACAUCCACAUCCCCUUGGCAACAACAGAGGCCACCAAAGCCACACAGUCCACGUAUCUCAGUGGCGCAUGGUCGGAAAAUGGAGUUUCACUGGAACCUCACACAGGCCUGAGGUGCCUGGCGAGAAGCACUGAGCCCCAGCCAUUGCCACCUGCAGAGCCUGCCCUGUGCCUCUCCCGUGGGGUCUGCAGGCCGGCGACUUCCCUACUCCUAAGCCCCACAGCUGUCACCUUGGCUGGGCUCUAGGCACCCAGAAGUUGGGGUGCAGUGUGAGAAGAAUCUAAAGAGGAUGCAGGCCUCUCUUUCCUCCUGGACGUUCAUAUUGACGGAGCUGGUACACUCUUACUCUUCGCCACACCUGCUUUGACCUUGGAGGACAGAUGGAUGGUCCGUGUUGCUCACACUAAGGAUGCCGAUGGACAUGAAUUUGCACACUCCCAUCACCUUGGGUGGCCCCAUGGCCACUUCGCUACUGAACUCCAGAAGUGUCUUCUAAGUCCACUUCCUCCAUGGUUCGAAAGCCACAGAGAUGUCCCUUGCUCCAUCACUGUCACGGCAAAGUACAUAGGGCGGAUCCCUCUCUUGGAAGCUGGUGUCCCCUCUGCAGACAGCGUCAUCUCAGAGGAGUUGUGCUUUCCUUCCCUGCUCCCACUCUGCUGCUAGUUUCCGCCAAUAAACCUUAUUCUGUUAUGGCUGCA